AGUUAUUUAUUUAUUAAGACUCACCGUGGAGCUCAAGUGGCACAGAUUCCACAUCGCACCCUGUGUGUGCUCGGGAUCGAGUCUUGUGGGGAGCCUGGGGGCCAGCCACACUAGCAAAAAAAAAAAAAAAAACAGUUAUUUAUUUAUUUUAUUAUUAUUAUUCCAUAGACAUAAAAGCAAAAGGGAAGAAAACCCCCAGAAAGCUGAAAGCAAGCAACGAGCCGUAUCAUGUUGAGGGAAAAUCUUAAAUGUUGUUGUUGUUGGUGUCAUUGGGGUUUAUAACUAACUAGGGUUUUCGUGGCUAAAUGCUGUAAUGCUUUCUUUUAUCUCUACUCUGUGAAAAUAUAAAUAUUGAAUUCAGAAUGCAGGAUCAAUGGCCUGGCUUUAGGCUUUUGCUCCAACUUACAAAAUCGUGGCUUCCGCACUGUUCCAGAGAUCGCCAGUGGUUAUUCCCAAAAUCGACCCCGUAUAUGCCCUUUCCAGCACUGCUCGUAAGCUCUUUCUCACUCUGUUUGAUUGGUUAGAAAAAUGCUGGAAAAAGUUUAAUUUGAUUGUGUAUCCUAUUUGCAUUUGGCUCCAAAAUAAGUAAUAAGCAAAAUGCUUGAAUAAGUACACUAUUGAUCCUAGUUUUAUCUAACAAGAACCAAGUGACCCCCCGAUCAUCGCACAUUCUAAACGUACUAUUAGUAUAUAUAAUUAACUGAAAACUUUUCAACUAGUUGUAAUGAAGUACAUUCAUGUGUAUACAUAUAUAUACUUCUUAUUGUGAUGAAUUGUGUUUAUACUCUCCUUUACACUUGUUAUAUUGUGGAAUUUUGUCAAAAAGUCCAUAGCUUUCCACUUUCGUAACCUUGGUACAGUCAUUUAUGCCUACAAUUUUUCUAUACCAACUAUGAAUGUUCAGCAGAAAUUUUAAAACUUUCUAGUGGGUUGAGAAAAUUCUAUAUAAAUGGUCAUGCUUUUCGAUCUUGUCAUUUACUACAACUAUAUGUAGAGGUGGCAGAUUCUAACUGAUGUUAGAAAAUAAUCAACUGAAAACUUCUUACCAAUAUCAAUUAACUGCCUUAUAUAGAUAUUUUGUGGAAUAGUGUUUAUGCACUCUCAUUUUGCUUUUAAUAUUAGGGUGGCAAUUUGAUUUCCGGAAUUUUUGUCAAAACUGUAGCUUUGCCAUUUGGUUCCCCUAGCCAUACUCUUUUAUACCAACUAUCUAAUGUAAAGUAAGAACUUGAAUUUUAUACCAAAUUCGACAGUAUUCUUUAUAUAGUGUCUGAUUUUUCGAUCUUUUUGAUUACUACAACUCUGUAUACAAGUGGCAGAGAUAUCAAUAAAGCAAAUAUUUCUUUUGAAUUGUGACUGCAUAUUUUAAAAGCUCUGGUGUGUAUUAGUUAUGUAAUGAAGUUCAGCCCUAUUGUCUUAAAUUGGUUAAUAUGAACAUAGAAUUGUAGAAAAGAAACUAAUUAGUGAGUUCAAUUUUUAAAAUUAGGCAAUAUUUAGUCACUUUGGUUUAAAUUUCUUAAAAUUGUAAAAUUCCUUUGCCUUUGGCAGCAAAGCACAUGCAGGAGGGUCUACUACAUAAAUGCAGCACUCUGGACAUUUUAGGAAUGUUAAAAGUAUUUGCUACUUUAUUUCUACCAUUUGUUUAUAUGGCAACUCAAAGUCUGUCCAGAUACACUAUUUAUUACUCUAGCACCAUUCUUACCAAGCAUGUGUGCAAAAAUCCAACAUGCAUUCUGUAUUACCAUAACCCACUCCCUCCAAAAUAUUCCAAUCUCCCACCGUUGAAGCAUGUAGGACCCAGUCCAUACUUGAUUUUAUGCCAAUCCUACGGUCAAUAUAGAAAUAUGAUUCGAUUGGAGUAGGACUUGGACUUUUACAGUCUGCAGAGAGUAAUUUUUCUCUCUCAAUCUCUAUCCUCCUGAAUAUAACGUAAGCCAUGCUUACCGGCCUGCCAGGUGCAUUGUCUUCUUGUCAGGCUUACCAACUCUCUUCUCCCUUUCUCUCUAUUUAUUUGUGACAUUUAUGUUCUGAACUCCAUAUCUCUCUUCAAAAACAAACACUCAGCCUCUGAGAAAUUUCAGGUUGAUUUUUGUGAAUCAGGUAUGAUUUAUAUCAUCCCAUGUCUUCUGCUUUCCUUUCAAUUAAUUUUAUGUCAUUUGUCUUUCCUAAUUCAAUUUUAAAGUACUUACAAAUGUUGCAUGGAGAUUUUCUGCAGUCCUUUUUAUGAUUUUCUAUUAUGUGCAUUUUUAUACAGAUCAAAAUUUCAAUAUUUGGAAGUGAUUGAUUUUGCUAGUCAAAUAAUAAAUUAUGAUCCAUGACUUUUUGCAGCUUCAGAGCCAUGAAUCUGAAGUAUGCAUGUGUUCUUUUAAAUCAUUUUUGCAUCCUACUAGACUCUUCUUCAUAGAAAAUAUAUACGAGAGCUAACUAGGGCGAUUUCUUUUCCAGUCUAUGAGAUUUUGAUUUUGGAAGUAGAAAUGUUAUUAUACUUUCUAGUCUCUUUUUUUCCCCUUCAGGUGGCAGUUCAAGUUAUAGAUCAACAGCAAAACAAAAAAUCUGAAGGGGUCAAGAUAACAGAUGGACCAUAACAAGAUUUCCAAAGCUUUGAGGCCUUACAGCGCAGAAUUAAGCUGUCUUCCUGAAGAAGUAAAGGUCAACAUAUUAUCGAGGCUUCCUGUGAAACUUUUGUGCCAGUGCCGCUCCGUAUCUAAGGAGUGGCUAGGUCUCAUAUCCUCUCCUUUCUUUCGCUCAGUACAUAUGGAAAUCUCAAAAGAGAAUCACAUGUUACUGCUUCUAGAUUCUGAUGGUGAUGAUCUUGAUGAAGAUGAUGAAGACGAAGAUGGAAUUCAGGAAAAUGCAGACUUGCAGAAUAAUGAAGCUAAUAAUGAAGAGAUGGGGCAGAUCAACCAUCCAGAUGAGGUUGUGCAGGUUGGUUAUAAGAUCAAGAGUAUGCCUGGGAUUCGACCUAUUUGCUUCACUGCUAUGGACUUGAAAGGAGUGAUAGAGUACAUGUUCAGCAUACCAGUCGAUGGUAAGUUUGACAUGCUUCCUUCCAACCAUGGUCUGGUAUGUUUCAAUAACAAUGGCAACUUCCAUGUAUACAAUCCCAGCACCCAAGCAUUCUUGGCCUUGCCAGCUGCCUCUGCUUCCACCUGCGAUGAAACAGUUUCAACUUUUGGUUACCUUCCUAGCACAAAGGAAUACAAAUUGGCUCACAUGUAUGAUCGAAGCAUGAGUUUAUAUAUUUACGACAUUGGAUGUGAAAUAUAUACUCUCUCGGCUGGCACUACUCCUGGAGAAAUCACUGCUGUGCAGCCUUUCUGGAAACAAAUCAAGGAGAAAUGCCCUUUUGCUGUUGAUGGCAAGGGAGUGUUGGUCAACAAUGUAUUUUACUGGCUGAUCUGGGAUGAUCACGCGGACAGAGAGAACAAAUUGGUUCUCUCACUAGAUCUGGAAGAAGAGAAAUUCAAAGUCGUGCCUCAUCCUCCAGUAAUUUCGAGAACUAGUAAUCCUAUAGCACAUGACAUUCAAUUGAUUGAGUUGAGGGGAAACUUAUGCUUGGUUGGUAGUUAUGCAGAUCCCCCAGUUAUGGACAUAUGGAUGCUGGAAACUGACGGGAGCAACAUUGCAUGGACGAAAGAGUACAGCCUUGAUCUGAGUUUACUCGAUGAUUUUGACAUUCAUUCAACACAAAUCGGUGUUGUGGGCUACCACAAUGGAGAGAUAAUUGUGGAUUCUGGGACAGAAGGGUUGGAUUUCUACAAUGUUGAAACGCAAACAUUUAGAAGACAGUUCAACAUGAAUUUCAAGACCAAUACCAAGCUAUGCCUCUAUACUGAUUGCUUUGCCACAUUCUAGCAAUAUAGCUUUGUAGUAGAUCCUUGGACAUCGUUUAAGCUGGGUCAUGCGUUUCUGCACCCUAUACUUUAUUUUUCAUGCUUCAAAUGUUUUUCUGGUCUUUUUAAUAAAGCAUAUAAGCGUCUUGGUCAUGUCAUCUUUUGUCUUUUUGUUUUUGGUGAAUUAUGUUAUGUUAUUUCAUGUCAUGUCUUGUGUUAAUUGGGACUUUCUUAAGAACUUUUAAUAGUUUAUGUUUAUGAUAAAUUUAUUUUUAUUUAUCUUCA